AUGGAGUUAAAGAACGACGUCAAGUUUGCUUUAGAUUGUGCGGCAAACAGCAAGUUUCGUCGUCCUGAUGCGAUUCGCAGUGCCAUACUUCAACUGCAAGCAAACCGCGACAAGGUGGACUACAAUGUUUUUAAGCACCGACGAAGUGCUUUGAUGGGUGAAUUGAGCAAGGAAGUGGACAAGGAAGAUGGCAGUAAUUCUUACAUUGCUUUAGCAAAGCACAUUGCCAAAGACAGUCCUCGUGAAGUGGCACAAGACAAGUGGACAAGCCUCUAUGCCAAACGACUUCAAGAAGGAAUGUCAGCCGGAGAUAUUAUAACGUCACUAAAUCCCAAGCUUAAGCCGAUGGUGGAGCUGGCACAAAAAUACAAGGAGUUUAACAAAAAACGCUUAAUUAAUCUUGAAGAAAGCGAGAACACUGACCUUUCAAAUUUUAAUUUCGAUGAAGACUGGGAUGAUGCAGAAUUUUCGGAUGUUGAUAGUUCAUUUGAAUCAAUCAUUGAUGAUUCUAUCAAAGAUAGCCCACCUUCUACUUCUAACAAAAUUGUUGAAAUGUUUCAACAAAAGAUGAAACCUCCUGCUCCACCUUCUAGCCCGAUUCGCUCAAAAUUGACGUUUAAUGGUAAAGGAUCACCUACUCGAGUUUCCGGAAUUUUCAAAAAGAAAAACAAUGCUCAGUUUAAACCACCGCGAAUUCUUUCUAACAGUACUCAGCAAAACUCUCAUAACAACGACAAUCAACCGCAGUAUAAUUUCAAUAAUGCUGAAGUACAAAACACAUGGUCGCAUGACGAGAUGGCAGAUGAAGAUAAUGAGCCAGAAGUCGAUCAUGUUUUGGAGUCAAAUGAAGCGAGAAAGAUUAGCGAAGAUUCCCGUAAAAACGCGCGAUCUUUCAAUAAUCCGACAAAAAAGCCGUGCAAAUCAAAUGAUGAUAAUAAGGAAAACAAUCUACUGAAAGAUGAUCGCCUGAAAGGAAUUGAUAAGUCAAUGAUUGAGUUGAUAAAAAGUGAAAUCAUCUUCAAUCUUGAAGGCGUUGACUGGACAAAAGUUGCAGGCCUUGACAAAGCCAAAACAAAGAUUAAAGAAGUCGCAAUUUUGCCAUUACUGCGUCCGGAUCUUUUUACCGGCAUUCGAACUCCUCCUAAAGGUAUUUUGCUGUUUGGUCCUCCAGGCACGGGAAAAACUAUGAUUGGCAAGUGUAUUGCUUCCCAAGCAAAAGCGACGUUUUUCUCAAUUACCUCUUCCACUUUAACUUCGAAAUGGGUUGGCAACAGUGAAAAGACAAUGAAGACGCUGUUUGCUGUAGCUCGUUGUUUGUCUCCCUCUGUCAUCUUUAUUGACGAAGUUGAUUCUUUGCUCAAGUCGAGAUCAGAUUCGGAACAUGAGUCCGAACGCCGUAUGAAGACUGAGUUUCUCUCUCAGUUUGAUGGUCUGUCCAACAACUCAAAUGAUGGUCUACUAGUUAUUGGCACCACUAACCGACCACAGGAGCUCGAUGAUGCAGUCAGACGACGCUUUUCUGCUCGACUGUACAUUUCAAUGCCGGAAAAAGCUGCUCGAAAGAACAUGAUUGAAAAUAAUUUAGAACAUGAGAACCAUGUUCUCACCAGCGAAGAAAUGGACAUUAUUGCUGAACGUACGGAAGGCUAUUCAGGGUCGGACAUCAAGAGUCUGUGCGGCGAUGCAGCUAUGCACCCUUUCAAAGAUGUCAUGGAUCGACUGAUUGACAUUGACAAAAAAGACAUUCGCCCCAUUUGUUGUAAUGAUUUCUUGCUGUCACUCAACACCGUCAAACCCAGCUUUUCAAUGGACGACUUGAAGCAAUACGAUGAGUGGAACAACAAGUAUGGAUCUUGUUGA